CUGUUUUGUCCGCGAGGUGAGUGGAGGGAACGUUCGAACUGGAGGACGAGUCGAAAGAAAAUCAAACGAUAACAAUUCACGAUGUUACGACCUACGAAACCUAAAACUCCUCGUAGACCUGCUCCCAAGAAGACAUCCGGCAACCAGAAAGAUCCAGUUGGUGUUUACUGUCGUGUGAGACCUCUUGGAGUGGAGGAUGAGGAGUGUUGUAUUGAGGUGAUCAGCAACACCACCAUACAGCUACACGCUCCCGACGGACUCAAAGCCAACAGGAAUGGCGAGUUCAAGGAGACGCAGUACUCCUUCAAGAAGGUGUUCUGCAUUAAGACGUCCCAGAUGGAAUUGUUUCAGGAUGUUGCCAAGCCCCUCGUCGAUGACCUCAUUCACAGUAAAAAUGGUCUGCUGUUUACCUAUGGGGUGACAGGCAGUGGGAAGACCUUCACUAUGACUGGGUCUCCAGGACAGGGAGGUCUCCUGCCCCGCUCCCUAGACAUGAUCUUCAACAGCAUCGGCCCUUACCAGGCCAAGCGAUUCGUGUUAAAGACGGAUGAUAAGAAUGGCAUGGAGGUCCAGAAUCGGGUGGAUGCUCUGUUGGAACGCCAGAAGAGGGAGAACCAACCAGCUGUUGUCCCUAAAACACCUUCCAGGCAGAGGCUGGACCCAGAGUUUGCAGACAUGAUCAACCCGGAGGAGGCCUGCAGGGCGGACGGCGUGGACGAGGACAGUAGCUACAGUGUGUUUGUGUCCUACAUCGAGAUAUACAACAACUAUAUCUAUGAUCUGCUGGAGGAAGCCCCCUACGACCCCAUCAAACCCAAGUGGAAUGGUGGAGGUACUCCUCAGAGGCAGCCCAACCAAGAGUUCAUACCGCCCCAGUCUAAGCUCCUAAGAGAAGACCAGAACCACAACAUGUACGUGGCCGGGUGCACCGAGGUAGAAGUUAAGUCUACAGAAGAGGCCUUUGAGGUGUUCUGGAGAGGACAGAAGAAGAGGCGUAUCGCCAACACUCAGCUCAACAGAGAGUCUAGUCGCUCCCACAGUGUCUUCAUCAUCAAACUGGCCCAGGCCCCUCUAGAUGCAGAUGGGGACAACAUCUUACAGGAUAAGAACCAGGUGAGCGUCAGCCAGCUGUGCCUGGUUGACUUGGCGGGGAGUGAGCGCACAAGCAGGACUCGGGCCGAGGGCAACCGCCUCAGAGAAGCAGGUAACAUCAACCAGUCGCUCAUGACUUUGAGGACGUGUAUCGAAGUGCUUCGGGAGAAUCAAAUGUGUGGCACAAACAAGAUGGUUCCAUACCGGGACUCCAAGGUGACUCACUUGUUCAAGAACUACUUUGACGGGGAGGGUAAAGUACGGAUGGUUGUAUGUGUCAAUCCUAAAGCCGACGACUAUGAAGAAACCAUGCUGGUGAUGCGUUUUGCUGAGAUGACCCAGGAAGUAGAGGUAGCCAGGCCCGUGGACAGGCCCAUCUGUGGCUUCGCUGCUGGGCGCCGGCAGAAAAACCAAGCCUUCAAAGACGAGCUGUCGCGACGUCUGGAGGAACGAGGAGGUCCUGUCGACGCAGAAUCCACCCAGUCAGUGAUGCACCAGCUGCUCCAGAACCUUCCCUCUCUGCCUGCCAGCGAGAUCACUGACCCCCAUGAUGACGUCACUCUGCCCCGCCUCAUAGAGGUGCUGGAGAAGAGACACAAGAUCAGGCAGAUGAUGACCCAGGAGUACAACAGGGCUGCCGACAUGUUGAAGUCCAUGCUCCAGGAGCUGGACAGUAGCCUGGUCUCCAAGGAGAACUUCAUCCAGGACCAGAGAGGUCAACUGGGGGAGAAGGACAAGGCCCUCCAUAGCCAGAAGACUGAGAUAGACCGUCUGGAGAAGAAGUCCAAGAUGCUGGAGUACAAGAUUGAGAUCCUGCAGAAGACCACCAACAUCUAUGAGGAUGACAAGCGUACGUUGGAGCAGGAGCUGGAGAGCAGAGAGCAGCGUCUGCAGAGAGAGCAGACGGAGAAGAGACGUAUGGAGCUACGCAUGCAGGGCAUGGUCCAGGACACCAAGCACAAGUGGGAGAAGGAGUGUGAGCGGCGUGUGUGCGCCAAGCAGCUGGAGAUGCAGAACAAGCUGUGGGUGAAAGACGAGAAGCUGAAGCAGCUGAAGGCCAUCGUGACGGAGAGCAAGACCCCCUCAGACCAGCGCCCCGCCCCCGACAAGCCCCAGCGCCCCUCCCGGGAGAGGGACCGCGUCCCCGCCAAGAGAUCUGCCUCGCCGUCGCCCAUUCCCCCCGUCCACUCCAGGUCCAGCCAGGCCCUAGACCCAGUGUACGCCCCUUCCCAUCCCCAGCAGGUCAGGCAGUGGCCAGGGUCAGGCUCACAUCCCACCUCCCCUCCUCAGACCGCUAGCACCGGCACCAGUUCCCUCUCUGUGACCUCCUGCAUCUCAGAGUGGGAGCAGAGAGUCCCUCAGGACAGACAUGCUAUUGCUAACCCGGCCCAGUACCGGGCCCUUAAGAAUAGAACCCAAGCUCGGACACAGGGUUUACCCAGCAGCCUUAGCAGGAGGAGAGGCAGGUGUUGGGAGAGGGCCAGAGAAAGAGAGGAAGAGAGAGAGGUUCCUGACCAGACCUGUGAUCUAGACCUAGAGGAACAGGAAGGAGCUUACAUGACGGGUCCCCCGGUGCGUGUGGUCCACAGGCGCUCCAACUCUGCGGGCGGAGAGAGGUGGGUGGACCACAAGCCGUCGUCUAAUGUAGAGCUGGACACGGUGAUGCAGCCCAUCCUGGGAUCCAACGCCAUUAAGGUCUCGGCCCCCAGCGAGAAGGCCCUAGCCAAGUGUGACAAGUACAUGCUCACUCACCAAGACCUGGCCUCUGAUGGAGAGAUACAGACCAAACUCAUUAAGGGUGAAGUGUUCAAGACACGAGGGGGAGGACAGGCAGUCCAGUUCACUGAUAUAGAAACUCUGAGACAGGAGCUGCCUACUGGACCAAGCCGUAAGAGAAGGUCAUCAGAGGGCAACACUGCCCAGGGGGGCGACCGCAUGGAGGGAGACUGGACAGAUGUGGAGACCAGGUGUUCUAUGGCUGUGGAGAUGAGGGCUGGGUCCAACCUGGGUCCAGCCUACCAGCACCAUGGACAUCAGAAACGCAGAAAGCCCUGAAGGUCCUGUCUGGGCUGCUCCAUACACCCCCUCCCCCACC